AUGUGCCAAUCCCUCUACGUCCGCUACACGUGCGGGUGCCAUAGGGAAAUGGAAUUUGUGCAAUGCGCGAGACGGCAGGGUACUUUGAUCAAAUGUCAGCCCGUCACAAGGACUGCGGGCAAGAUAGCAACGAACCAUUGCUCGUCUCAUCUCAUCCGGCCGACGGCACCUGCCACCAUGACGAAUGUCGAGCAACAUGCAUCACCCGUCAUCACUCCGGCUCCCUCUCAAGAUCCGACGAUUGGAAUGCUCGCUGUACGCGCUUCCACUGACGCGGAAUUGAAAGGCCUGAUGCAAAUUGUGGCCGCAGGAACUGCAACGCGAGAACAACUGAUUACCUUCCAACGAUGCAUUGAUGCAUUGCCGAACCCAGAUGGGUUCUUCAAACAAACACGUCGGUGA